AUGAUCCGUGAUUUCUUCAAUGGGAUCUCCACUGCUAAAGAUAUGGUCAUCUCUUCACGUACCCUCGAGGUCAUUUAUGAUUACUUAAGAUGUCAACCACUGCCACUAUUUCCCAACCUAUCUUCCAUGCGUAUCACCGACUACAAGUGGCAAAUGUUACCAGCUUUUCUUGAGAGCUUCCCGAGAUUAAAACGUCUUUUCUUGGAAUCUUGUAGAAACCCCCCGGAGAAGGAAGGAAUUAGUAUUUCAUCUGGACGUCCGUGUUUCUUGUCAUCUCUUGAGUAUGUUGAGAUACAAAAGCCAUGGACGAAUCCACAAAGGAAGGAGAAUCUGUUAUCCUCAAAACACCGGUUAGUGAGUUAUUUUGUUGAGAACUCAACACUAUGCUUGGAUGAUUCCACAAAGGAAGGUGAAUCUCUCAUCCUCAGAAGACCCCUUACUACUCCAAGACUCUCUGCCUCAUGCCCAGUCAACAAUCCUCAAGAAAUUGACUCUAUUCUUGGAUAA